GUUUUUUUGACAUAUUAUACUACACCCAAUUUUUAUUAAUAACUAAAGUACAAACAAAUCAAAAUUUGUUGUUAUGGAAUUUAUGGGAGCCUUUUUAGAAUGGAUAAUUAAUAACUACAUAGUGGCAAUGGUAUUUUUAGUUUUGCUAGCUCUUUAUGUAAAAGACAUCUAUGACCACAGUCGAGGGGCUGAAAGCAAUAACACUGCGUGUACUUCAGAGUAUAGCUACGAUAUUUUAAAUGGUCCGAACGGAUGGAAAAACACGUUUCCUCAAGCCGCUGGAUGCCGCCAGUCACCAAUAAAUAUAAUCAGCUAUUGCGCCAUUAAUAUCCCAAUGGAAACAGUCACACCCUUAAUCUAUUCCACCGACUAUCAUUUACCUCCGUCCGAAAUGACUCUAUAUAACAAUGGACACAAUGUAGUUAUUUAUGCGAAUUGGAUGUACGGCUUGAGACCAUUAUUAACAGGGGGGCCUUUAAAGGAUGAAUACAGUUUUUGCAACAUAACCUUUAGAUGGGGCCCGAACGAUGAUGAAGGCUCUGAACAUAUGUUGGAUGCAAAACGAUUUGCAAUGGAAAUGCAAGCUUCUUAUGUGAAAAAUGAUUGUAACGAGUAUGUAAAUGAUGACGCUCAAUUAGCAGCCAAGAAUUCAGCUUUGGCCGUCGUCAGUUACUUCUUUAUGGUUACCCCGAUGGAUAAUGCCUACAUGGACCAAAUUAUUUCAUCUCUUUUGUCAAUAAAAUACCCAUUUAGUUCAGUUAAUAUAGAGCCAAUACCUUUAACCCUCUUGGCGCCCUGCUUCUCCAGAAAAUACCUCUCAUAUGUGGGUUCUUUAACAUACCCCCCGUGCACAGAAGGUGUAAAAUGGAUUGUGCAACCUGAAGCAUUAACGAUAUCUAGCAGACAAGUCAGAAAAUUUAGAAAACUGUUUGGUAUUAAUGGACCCAUUUUUAAUAACACGAGACCUGUGCAAAAAGUUAAUAAUCGGGAUAUUUUAUUUUAUGAUUAAGACAAUAAUAUAAAUUAUUUUUAUUUGUUUGAUUAUUAAUUUGUG